AAGAAAACCAAACCAAACCAAACAGAAGCUUAAUUAAAAAGAGACCUUAAAAACAUAACAUGUAAAGUCAGGUUAAUGAGGGCUCUUGGAGAAUAAAAAGAGUUUGUAUCGAGCAAAGAUCGAUUAUUCACCAUGUCAACGCAAGGAGUUCAGCUGCAUAUAGGAGACAGUCAUGUGGUGAUGGAUAAUGGCAUAGUGAAAGUAUACUUAUCCAAACCGGGAGGAUUUGUCACAAGAAUACAAUAUAAUGGCGUUGAUAAUCUGCUUGAAGUUCUUGACCAAAGAGAUAACAGAGGAUACUGGGACGUCGUUUGGAGUGAAGAAGGCAGCACAGGAACCACCGGUACAUUCGAGCGCGUCAUCGGAACAAGUUUCAGAGUGAUAGUGGAAAAUGAGGAACUGGUGGAGAUCUCAUUUGCAAGAACGUGGGAUCCAUCUCUGAAGGGAAAGCUUUCGGCAUUAAAUAUAGACAAGAGGUAUAUCAUGCUUCGUAAUUCCCCAGGCUUCUACUCAUACGCCAUUUUUGAGCACCUAGAAGAGUGGCCCGCUUUCAACAUACCCCAGAUAAGGAUCGUCUUCCAACUGAGAAAAGACAGGUAUCAUUACAUGGCCGUAGCGGAUAAUAGGCAAAGAUUCAUGCCACUUCCAGACGAUAGAUUACCAGGAAGAGGAAAAGAACUUGCUCCCCCAGAAGCAGUUUUACUUGUGAAUCCUAUAGAGCCAGAGUUCAAGGGGGAGGUGGAUGACAAGUAUCAGUACUCGAGUGAAAACAAAGAUCUGAAGGUGCAUGGGUGGAUAAGCUCCGAAAAAGAAAUCGAAGCUCCCAUGGGGUUCUGGGUAAUCAUACCUAGCAAUGAAUUCCGAUCAGGGGGACCCGUUAAGCAGAACCUCACCUCUCAUGUGGGCCCCUUUAGCCUCGCUAUGUUCUUAAGUGCUCAUUAUGCUGGGGAGGAUCUAGUUCUAAAACUCAAACCGAAUGAGCCUUGGAAGAAAGUAUUCGGGCCAAUCUUUGUGUAUCUGAACACUUUGUCGGAUGAUAAAGACAUACGAUGGCUCUGGGAGGAUGCCAAAGAUCAGAUGACGAAGCAAGUUCAAAGUUGGCCGUAUGAUUUUCCAGAUUCAGAGGAUUAUCAGAAGUCUGACCAACGAGGCAGUGUUUGCGGCACACUACGAGUCCGAGACAGGUGCCGGAGUGACGAUUAUAUAAUGGCACAAGGUGCAUAUGUAGGACUAGCCCCACCUGGAGACGCCGGGUCAUGGCAGAGAGAAUGCAAGGGAUACCAAUUCUGGACAAGAACAAACGAGGAAGGCUGCUUCUCCAUUAACAACAUACGAAGUGGGGAUUAUAAUCUCUAUGCAUGGGUUCCUGGUUUCAUCGGAGAAUACUGGAACAAUGUUGUCCUCACCAUCACCCCAGGUUGUGAAAUCAAUGUUGGUGACAUUGUCUAUGAGCCCCCAAGAGAGGGUCCCACCGUAUGGGAGAUAGGCAUUCCUGAUCGCUCUGCUGCUGAAUUCUGUGUUCCUGAUCCUGAUCCGAUGUACAUUAACAAGCUAUAUGUCAACCAUCCAGAUAAGUUUAGGCAGUAUGGCUUGUGGGAAAAGUACACAGAACUAUAUCCAAAGGAAGAUUUGGUUUAUACAGUCGGUGUUAGUGACUAUAGAAACGAUUGGUUCUUUGCACAAGUCACCAGGAAAAAAGAUGAUGGAACUUACCAAGGUACUACUUGGCAAAUUAAGUUCAAGCUUGAUAACGUGGUAGGAGGUGGGACGUAUAGGUUAAGACUGGCACUCGCAACUGCAAAUGCAGCCGAAUUACAGGUUAGAGUUAAUGAUCCGAAGCAAAACCCUCCUCUCUUCACGACUGGUUUGAUUGGAAAGGACAACACAAUUGCUAGGCAUGGAGUCCAUGGACUCUACAGGCUAUACAGCAUUGGCGUGUCGGGUCGUUUUCUGAUCAAAGGCGAUAAUACUUUAUAUCUCACGCAGGCUGCUGCUACUGGUCCUUUUGAAGGGAUCAUGUAUGACUAUAUACGCUUUGAAAGCCCACAAGCCACUAGUUCCCCUUCAUAAGAGAGAAUUAAAAUGACAAUGAAGACGUGUUUGUAUGAACAGUGUGACCAAGUUCAACUAAAGAACUUCGGUAAUGGAGAUUACGAAUUCUUUACAGUGUUCCAUUUUGUUGCUGCAAUUAUUUGGCUUUUGUUUGUCCCUUUUUGUUUCCACCCUUCCACUAACCUAGACAGUCUAAUUCUACUAAGAUCAAAUUUCUUAUAUUUCUGUGAUGAUCAAAUAUCCAGAUAUUUCUCCGAUGUCCUUUUUCCCCUCA